AGACAAACUUCUUCACUGAAAUAAGUACCGUGCCCGCGUCACCCCGCUAUCACUUAAGCCAUCAGCGCGAGUCUUCGUCUUCCUUUCCAUCUCUCGACGAGGCGGAGACCAACCAUGGCAUUCUCUGCGGGCGAGUCUAAACUUGUAUCAAUCUUCGUCCAAUCGCUGCUCUAUGGCGCCUAUGCAGUACUCUUCUUUGUUACGACGUACAUGCUUGUUUCGAAGCGUUCGUCUGGACGUCCGAUACGUAGGGGAAUGCUAUUUAUUAAUUUGUUGAUGUUCGUUGUCGCGACAAUGCAUGUAGCGGUCAACUUUACUCGGAUAAUCAAAGCUUUCAUCAUAUUCGCAAACGCACCGGGAGGACCCGCGGCGUUCUUCAAUCGGUUAUCGGAGUUCACCCAGAUGUUCGGGAGCACACUGUAUGUUCUUCAGACGCUGAUCGGAGAUGCCAUGGUGCUCUAUCGUUGCUACCUUGUUUGGGAGAGAAAGUUUUGGAUAAUCGCAUUCCCUUGUUUACUUUUGCUAGGCAGUACUGUUACGGGAAUCGGUAUUCUCUACUCGUUCGAUCGUGUAAAUCCACAAGCCAACAUAUUCGUCGUCCAACUCUCGCGCUGGAUCACAGCCUACUUCUCCAUGACUUUCGCUACGAACAUCAUCUGCACAGCUCUUGUUGCAUACCGCGUAUGGUCCAUCAAUCGGAAAUAUAUGUCAUUUCGCAUGCGGAAGCUCCGGCCCAUCAUGCUUCUCGUUGUGGAGUCGGGAGCGUUCUACUCCGCUACGCUUCUUGCGUUACUUAUCCUCUAUAACGUUGACUCGUGGUUCCAAUACGUUGUUUUGGAUGCCGUUUCGCCUACUGUCGGAAUUGUGUUCACGGUAAUUAUGCUACGCAUUAUCAUGGGAGUUUCAACCGAGGAAGGCGAAACUGCUCUUAUGGAGUCGAGUGGAAUUAGGAUGGAGCGAAUGAGGACUGAUAGCGAUCGGAAAGUCAACACAAUCGACGAAACUGUCUAAUAAAUGUCCGAAAUGGGGUGCUUCACUUCACAUUGCUCUGCAUAUAUAUGCUGUAUGGUUUCGACGAACCACGAUGAUAUUCGUUUC